CAUGGACGUGAAAAUGGAGAAGCUCGAGCGAGAGCUGGAGGAAUUCCUUGCUGACUGCAGAAAGCAAAAGUUCAGCGAUGAAGAAAUGCGUUUUAUAUGCCAGCCAAUCGUUUGGUACUUUCGUCGAUUGACUAUCCGACGCUGGAUUCUAUGGUUCUUUCUGCCCAUCCUGGUGGUCUAUUUGUUAUGGAACUAUUGCGACACCUGUGCUUGGUCAGCCAGUGCUGUGGGUCGAUUGCUGCUCAUCCAGCUGCUGCCCUAUUGGGACUGGACUCCAUAUUACUACAACAGGUGCUUGAUUGAACGAGCGGAGCCAGCGGACAGUAAAAUCAAUGAGCCCAAGCCUCUGGGCAGGCACGAGACGCUCUGGGAAAACUGUGUGCUCUGCGAAUCGCUAAAUACAAUUCCUAUAGCUUCCAAUGUGAGUUACUCCAUGCUGGAAAUAGAGUAUCUGGAGCGAGGAUUACCCGUCAUCGUCACAGAUUGUCAGGUGCAGCAAGAUUUGGAUAGUUUGCUGCAGCGUAUAAACGAUAAGACGCCUCAACUGCUAAACAGCAAACCCUGCGAUGUAUCCACGAAUCUGCUAUUGAGGCAUCUCUUCAAUAUUGAUUCGGCGCUUGAGAAAAUCAGUGGAUAUCAAGCAACAGCUUCCUCAAUGGCUUGGCAUCUGCAGUUCCGCAACUGCGAUACGAAGAGUGUGAAGGCAUCAAGAGUCUAUGCACCUCGACCUUAUUACUAUCCACGUCAUCUGGAACCCUUCUACUCCAGCUGGUUGCUGAUGGCGCACAACACGCGUCGUCCGCUGCAGGAAAUCUAUGUGCGUGGUUUGAUCUUUGUGCAACAGCUUAGCGGACACUUUGAACUGCGUUUACGUCCCAAGCAGCCUUGCGAUGGAAACGUUUGUCCCAAUCUCAGCUUACGUCUGUCUGCUAGUGAAUGUCUGGUCUACUCCACGGAUCUCUGGCGACUCAGCUAUGGGCUGCAGAAGCCUGAUCCUAGGAACAGCUCCGUAGCCACAGUGCUCGAGGUGGACUGGGAGCGAUAAUGAAGCUGGCUUUCAAUUGUGUGCUGUUCAAUGCUAAUUGUUUCUAUUGACCAAUACUCCUUUCGAUCACGGUUGUCUC